AUGACCGGUCCAGGACCCGCCGUCAACACCAACUCCGACAACGCCUCAACAACCAACAACUCCCUCUCCGUCAACUUCUUCCCCUCAAAAUUUUCAUAUCCAUUUCUCUCCCCUGGUGGGAUGUACAAACGUAAAGGCAAAGGCGGCAAGGGUGGGGCAGCGGUGAUACCUAAACAAGGAGGUGGGAGAGAGGCUUUCAAGAGUGGGGAGGCGCGUAUGCCGGGUGAGAAGGAUGAGGAUUAUGAUGGUGUGGACAUGACUCGUGGAACGUGGAAGUCGAAAUUGAGGUGGAAUCGAUUUAAGUGGAUAUUAUUUUGUACCAAUUUACUCGUGUCCAUAUACUCUCUCGUCUCCCUCAUCUUCUGCCUCCUCACCUGGUUCAACGUCUGGACACACGCAGACGUCAUCCGCGUCGGGAACCGCACCGUCCUCAUCCUCUCCACAAUAGCCUCAACCUUCGGUAUCCUCUCCUCUCUCAUCGGCUGGGCAGGCAUCUUCCUAAACAACCGCAGCUUCCUCGCAACAUACAACCUCCUACUCUGGAUAACAUUCGCGUUCAUCUGUGCUCCUGGUUACGUAGCUUAUAAAACUCGAACAUUCAACCUCGAAGGGAAAGUCAACGCUCAAUGGUCUCGGGACCUCGGUACCACGGGUCGUCUUCGCAUUCAAAAUCAAUUAGGGUGUUGUGGAUAUUACAGUCCCUUCGUAGAAGCUACCUCUUCUCAACUCUGUUACGCUCGAUCCGUACUCCCGGGGUGUAAAAAUCCUUAUCUCAAAUUCGAACGCACCACACUCGAAAGGUGGUAUUCGAUUGCUUUCGGACUCGUACCUUUUCACCUUGCAGCGAUUUUAGCAGCGUUGCUUUGUUCGAAUCAUGUGACGUAUAGGUUUGGGAAGGGGAUGAUGCCGAAGCGGUAUAGGUUGAGUGUGGGGAGUAUGGCUGUUAUUAUGGAUAAUUAUGCGAAUCAGCUUGUGGAACAAUUCGGAGCAGACGUAGCCUCUGAACUAAUCGCGCGGUCGAGAUCGAACUUGAACCUUGUAGGGAGUGUUCCGAGUUUGCAUUAUGGAUUCGGGAAUGGGAUAGGGAGUGGGAGUGGGACGAAUACACCCUCGCUUGUUGAUGCGAAGAAGUUGUGA